AGUACGGAUGCAGUGAUGAUGAAGCAUACUAGGAAGAUGUAGAUCGUUCUGGAGAAUAAAGUACCGCAAUAUUUACACAUCAUGGUAGUGUUACGUUCUGACGCUUGGUCCAGUGCAAUAGGGAUCUUCCAAGAUUUGUCAUGAAAAAUUCCCCUGCAGACCUUCCGUUAGUCCUUGUGUAAUCAUAUCCUCUUCAUGCUUCUCAAUAUCAAUUUUUCUUUUCCUAGAAUAUGAAAAAUCAGUUUAGUUUCUUUAUCUAUGUAUAUCGACACGAUGACCAGCGUUUCCGUCUGAAAAACCCAGAACCGUUGUGAUUUGUGUCAUUGGUUCGGUUUGCCGACUGUUAUUUAUCUCAUGGUUGCUGCCAGCGGGUCUCCGGUAGUAGUGAAGAACAGUGCACACUUUCUAGAGAGCUUUUCCUGGCGAACAGUGUCGUGCCAUAACUACGUACUAUCAAGAGGAGGCAGUGUGGUGCUCCUGCGCGAAGCCGUGUGAAGAAAGAUUCACCACGCUCUUCAUGAUCGCCAACCACUCUAGCAUCACCCUUGCAAAUGAGUGCACCGGAAGAGAAAAGUUCGUCUUUGCCAGCGAAUCUCAGCGUUAACGGCUCACCUUCUUGUCCUUCUCCUUACACAGGAAACCGACAAGAACCACCGGUUUUGUCCACGAAAGAAACUGCUUUGAAUUUGCCAACCACUUUGGAAUUCGAUGAUUGUGCCAGUCAUGGUAGUUGUCGCAGCCGAACGCGAUCACGCGAAAGACCAGCGAACCUAGAGGUUAUCGCAGAGGCCUCAGACGAAUGUGGUAGUAGUGAAGAAGAGUCGACGUCGACGACUCAAGGUCACGAGGGACAUCUGCAAGGUGAGAACGAAGUUGUUCUGGUUCUUGCAACUACAGCUGGUGCUGGGGCUCGAGGCACGACGACCGCGUUGUUUCCAUCUUCUAGGGACCGUACGUCAUCGCGUGAACGCCAGGAAGCUUUACAUCUACUACUAGCUGCGCCUUCAGAUCCUGGUCGUAGUGCGAGUCGUGGUACAGCGAGAUCAUCUAGCAAGAACGGGAUGACAUCGUCACCCCAAGAAUCAGCUCCACCUCAUCAUGGAAAUAUUAAAGGGCAGCUUCCAGGUAGCGGACGUGGCGACGAUUCGGCCCGUGCGGUGAAAGUUAAUCAAAUAAGUCCUAGUAAGGCUUACUGUAAUCCAUCUUAAGAAGCAUCUUACUUUGGUCCCUUUUGCAGGGAAAAGCGCGCCAAAGAUGCUCUCCAAGAUGAAUAUUCAUAAGUAAAAGGUCUAAUCUUAGUGACAUUCGCAGUAGUAAUAUAAUUGCGCAGACUCUAGGCGCUGACGGAGAUACCCUUGUUGCGGUUCGAAAGCACUCUAAGACGAGUACUACCAGUGCGACCAGUGCUGCUUCUUGUGUGGAAGACGUGCAUUUGCAAGUAAAAGGGACUAGAGAUAAUUCUACUUCUGCUUCUGGUGGAAGCAAGGAGAAAAAGAAAGGCCUCCCAAAGAUUCAAAAUGCUGUGGGUGCUCCCGAAACGACCACAAGGACAACUACCCAGAAGAAUUCACAAGGGAACAAGAAGCGCCGUCGUGGUUCUUCCGUAGUGACUGCGAUGGUUAAUGCUCUGUUUGGGAGUGCAGAUGAUGACAAUGAUGAUUUUUUUCCGGAUGUCAUGUGCGAAGCUGAGGACUGUCCUAAUACUAAUAUGGAGUUGGAGGAGGAGAAGGAGAACAAUAGCGAUACUAGUCUCACUGAAGAUCAUGGUGAUACAGAUAGUACUAAAGAACAACGACGUGAUCAUGUACUAAGCCCUAACUUUGUUUCAAGCGAGGACAAUCAUAGCACUACUGUAAUCAGCAGUUCGCUAGGUAAUAUAGUUUCGACAUCAGUGAACAAUAGCCGCGUGGUUUUGCCCUCUCAGCAAUGUCUUAACGACAGUAAGCGACCUAAUUCAUCUCCGCACGCUCACGAAGGAACCUCCUCAAACCAAAGAUUAGGAUUUCUACUUUCGGAACGGAAAAAAGCUACAGUUGGAACGCAUAAGCAUCAUUAUAGUCCCAGAGCUUCAGAUUAUAGUGAUUAUAGUGAGAAAAACAGAAAAAUGGGUGAUACAGAUUUAGAGCGAGCGGAGCCCCCGGUUGGGAACUCCGCAGAGGUCGCGCCAGUGCUUUUAGCGGAAGAUGAGGAAGAUUUGAAGGACUACACGGAUAUCGAAGCCUCCAUGCAGGUCUUCAAGACGACGUCGGAGCUCUCUUCUGGCGGGCAUCAGCUAUCUACCGGACGAAUAAGCAUGCGGAAAACAGUCUCAGUUUUUCAAAAUUAUGAAAAUCCUCGAAGUAGGAGAUGGUUGAUAUGUUUGGUUGAGUUGGUGUAGCGGACGGGGGUUGAUUCUUCUCAUGCCAGGGAAGAUUCAUCUCGAAGAAGAAAUCAAGGAUCAACUAGAUUUAUCUCGAAGAAGAAAUCUAGAUUUAUUGUGCAUUUUUAGAACCUCCAGAAUUUCUGCUUUACAAACCCAUACCGAUCAAGUCUAAGAAAAGCAGAAAACUUGGCAGGAUCCACGUGCUGAAUUCAUAACGCAUCAGGUCCGUUUGAUCGUUCCUCCGACGAUAGUUUUCGUUGUAUGGUGCGUCUUUCGCGCAACAGGUGGAUGCUUCUUCGAAACUAGUGACAUUAUUUCGGCGUUUCGUACAAAGGACGCAGCGAAAGCGGUAGACUCGGAUGGUAUUUCACCUCAGAUAUUAUAGAUACUUAAAGUAUUUCUUGUAUUGCGAGUGACUGACCACCUUGCCUAUGCCGUUGCCCCCUGACAUCAACAUUACGCCAUCAGCAUUUGCUUCCUAUCGCCGUAUAUACUGAAUAACAUCACUUUCACUCUCUCUUUCUGUAAUCAGUGUGCCGCUUGCUCACUACGGAGGGAACUUGUAUAGCGAACACGAAAUGCGGAUGGCAUGAAUCGAAGGAAGGCUGGGUGCGAACCGAUUUUCGGUGCGACAUCAAGGAACUAGAAGACAUAAAAAACUUUCGCUUCGUAUUCCCUUCAGUCACCAGUGGUGCUAUAUGGGAGUCAUGGCUACUGCUUUUCUUUCUCAACUAUGGAGGUACUUUGAAAUUUUGUAUUUUUUUGAUAGAAAGAGGAAGACGAGUUUCAACUUGUGGCUGCUUAUCCUGUACAUUAGUGAAUACCCCUUGUAAACAGCUUCUACGGUAGUCACGAAACGAUUGCAACAGGAGCAAACAUGAUGCUGCUGCUCGCAGCAGUACGCUGCAAAGCCAUACUGUCUUUCCAGUGGAGCGUCUAGUAUCUUUCUCUAAAACUACUACAUUAAGAAGAGUAUGACCCUUGUUAUCAGGUAUCUGGAUCUUGUUGAAAAUUUGGCGUGUGAUGCCGCGACAAACGUUCUGGAUGUGGCGCGCCCUUUUCCUGAUAAUUCAGCCUACGGUGUUUAGUUUCGGUUUCCUGCACUAUUGGAAAAACGGAAACUACGAUUCACAGGUACCACGAUAAAGGUGGUUUAUUUGAACCUUACUCAGUCAAAAAUCUAGUCCCUUCAUAUUCGUUUGAAGAUGAUCGUGGCUGGCUUAGAAAUUUUAUUCUUCUUGUCGGAAGUAGAGUGUGCUAUCCAGUGCGCAUGUCUUGAAGAUAUUGGUUUACAAAGCUACGUACUAUAUGUUCACGACAUUCCUCAUUUUCGUGAGAAAACCUACGAGAAGCAUUGGCUUCUCUCUCUCUCUCUCUCUUCUCUCUCUAGCACUUUCAAUAGAUUAAGAACUUCAUAUGUAUAAUGUUUUCGUACUCUCUUUCUUUCUCAUUUCAGUGGGUGUUCCGAGCAGUUUGCACAGCUGCGCUACCAUUUGCUUUCUCUGCUGUCGCGGGUGCAUCCUGGGGGUAUCGUCCGCCUAAGGGCAUGUGGCCGCGUAUUUUUCGUGCCAGUUUCUACAUUCUGACCAUGGGCCUUUACUUUCUCAUGGGUAUUGCCAUCGUGGAGAGCGGUUGGGUGCCUUGGGCGCGUAAAUUCGAAAAAGAAGACGUACUAUGAUAUGUAUGUUUGUUGUGAAGAUGAUGUAUGAAAGAGAAAACAUCUUCGAAGUGUUGAAGACUGUAGGAGUGCCUUUUUGUUGCAAGUGCCAUUCCAUCACAGAAGACGUUUUACGUUUCGGAAGAUACGGCACUUACGCAUGAAAACUGACUCAACACUUCUCUAAAAGCGAUUUACCACCAUAAUUAAUGCACACAACUAUUGUACUAAGUAUCCGCAAUUAGAAUCCAGUUCAUAAACAUUUAGCCCUUCUUGUUCCAUCUCACCCUCACAUCUUUGACAGGCGACGGCGAAGAAGAUCCUCCUCGAUUUUUUCUUGGUUUACGUUGGCUUUUCCUUCUACAUGCCUCUCGGAGCCACGCUGGUCGCGCGUCAGUAUUUGCGUCUGACAAAGAUGGUGGCGAUGGAGAUCCACUCGCGACGCGCUCGCGAGUCUUUUCUGGCGUGCGCGCGUGCGUGCUUCAACGUUGUCCUGGAUAUGUUUCGUUUUGCCUACGGACGCUCCGUGCUGUUGCGGGUCCACCCCGUGGUGUUUGCGUGCACGCUAUCGAAAGAUGUUUGCUCGGAUUUCUGGGUUUUUGCUUUCAAGUAUCAAGAAUCCCUUCAGGUGUUUUUGAUGAAGCUUGACCAGAACCAAAAGAUGAGUCCAGCCGAUAUGGAACUCAACACGUGGCAGACCUAUGCAGUACACAUGGUUAACUGGUGGAGGAAGGUACUAAUACAACACCACUGUUGUUGCAGAACCGUAGUUGUAUCCAAUACGCAUAGAUCUUCGAAAAUUCACUGCUGAAGAGGUCUUCAGGUUCUUCCUUCUUGGUAUUGGCUCUCUUCGAAGACGUAUAACUAUAAGAACGAGCUUUGCCAACAACAACAUACUGCCUGAUGCAGUUCAAACUGACUCCCAUUUUACUAUUCUCGUGAAACAAACCACAGUUAAACCGUUGCGGAAUCGACAGUGUGAUUUGUUGGUGGGUCAGUUUUGAUUGCGACCGCGAAAACGAACGCAGUGCUCACAUUUUGACGGUCGAUGAGGUGAAAAGGCAAGCUUCGGUAGGAGAUAAGAAUCGACGUGCGAGUCUCUCCAUGAGUCAGGUGCUCACUCGACGCGUCUCGACCGCCAGCGACGAUGACGUCAAAUACAAGCGACGCAUGACCUUCGGAAACACAAGGAUGAUCGCGGACAACGUUCCAAAGUAACCAGCUGAUCUAUUUUACUAAGAACGAUUCAUACAGUUCUGUAUAGGAGCAGGUGGACACUUCUUAGUAGUGGUUCAUUCUGGCAAACCUCUCUCAUACUCCUUUUUCAUUAUACACCAGAUUCCCGCGUGUCAAGGGUUGUGGUAUUCGUGGAUUAGGCGACGUUCCUUCUCGCUAUUUAUUCCCCGUCACCGACGAUGAGGUCGAACUGGUCAUGCCUCUGAUGGAAUUUUGGCAAAAGGAGGUUUUUGUUCGUUUCCAGGUGCGGAUGGCAGCGAAACUGUUCACUUCGGUGGGUGUGGCCAUUGCCAUCGCACUGUCAGUUCAGAGCAACACCGCUUUUCUGCCAGGUUACCCUCGGGACGACGGAGAUUUAGUCGGAAAGCCUAGUCUCGACCUGCGAUUUGUCGCUUAUAUUCUGGCACUCAUGAUCGCAGAUGGAUUCACCUGGUGCCUCAUCACGCUCAAGGUGCACCUUAGAGGUACUGCAAUCGAUCUUGUUCUUGCGUCUUCCCAGUCCCAUUCAUAAAAGUUACCAUAAAUAUAAUCUUUAUAACGAAAAUGAUAUUUCUUGUGUGUACUACUGAUGUACUACAACUAAUCCGCGCCUUCUAUUGGAAGUUUUUCGACUCAAUUUCUCAAGGUGUGAAGUCCUGGACCGAAUCUUUGGGGCAGUUCCAAGACCUGUUCAGCUGGGACGAGGAUGUCAUCUUUCGAAUGUUCUGGGGCAAUGGACUGUAUUUUCUUGUCCUGCUAAUGGCGAUGAUGAUGGGCUCUCACAAUGAGAAACGACUCCAGUACGUAACCGGCGUCGAUGAUCUCACCGCGGAUCACUUAAGGGAAGUGUGCAGCAACCACUUUUAAUCGGAAUUUACGAACACAUAGUACUUCUAAGGCUUGUAGAGAAGUCUAAGAUUUAAUAUAUAGCGAGACAUGAUAGUAUUAUAAUAAGCCUAGAGUCUAAAGAGUCUUGAUGUAGGUAUGAGUGGGUAACUAGUUGUACUAAAGAAAUCCGGACCGACUAAGCACAUCAACACCGCCAGUAAAAUCAUUCUUAUUGAGGUUGAUGCUCCUGAUUUAGCAAGGUGAAGACGUCCUGUUGAGAUAUGUCUUUGAUAUCAGGUUUAGUCAUCUUGUUUCCGGACUGGAUUGUCCUUGCAGGUCUAAGUGGCGUAUCAUUUCCUGUGUACCUUAGUUCUAGUUUUUAAUUAUACUUUUGUCGACGUCGACGAUUCGCCCUCACUUUUGUGUAUGUUGCUGUCGUGUAACUAUUUCGCGUCGAACACAUUUAGGGGGGUGACAUGUCCAAAAGUGUUACUGGAAAACAGCAGGAACGACUAAAAUUUCCGAGACUAUCUAUGAUUGCUAUCGUUAUUACACCUCACUAGGUAUAGGAAACUUCAUUUGCAAAUUGUAGGUUUGUUAGGUCUUCUAGACGCAAGUUCUAUAGCUUAAUGACGAGGCAAUUAACACAGAGAGUGUGAGUGACCACUGAUCGGAACCGGAUAUGUUGAAGAAAUAGCACGUAAGUAGUAGUUGUUAGAAAAUCUAGCAGCAGAAGUACAAGUAAUAGUGUUGGUCAAGGUCAUAAUCCUCGAAAUGUCACAAAGAUCACAAGGAUGAAGAUCAGCAAAAUGACCAAGAUCGCCAGGCAAAAGGUUACCGGAGCACCAUCCAAACGCCCGACGGGUUUACCGUCGCGCGGGUGUCUCUGGCUUCUCCUCUCUCUCUCGUUUGUGGCUCAAGCCUCCCAAUACAGUCAAGGACAAAACAGCACCGGAAUGAUCUCAAAGAUAACCUACAGACCUAAAUGCAUAUAGUUCCAAAAACAGUGAUCAUCAGGCAAAGGACCUUCAACGUAUUCAGAUAGAAGAAAUGAUGAAUGUUUCAUAGCUGUAAUCAGGUUCAUAACGUACUGUCAGUUCUGAUCAAUGAUGAGAAUCAACAUAGGAUGAUCGUAUGAAUCAAUGAUGAUAGCAUAAGCGUUUCCAUAUGAAAGUUUCCCCAUGCAACAUGAUAUCCCAAUGAUGAAGCUGAGACUUCCUCCAUGUAACCCCAAUGAACAUCCACAGGGAUCAAAGCAGCCAGAGAUCAUUAGUCUCAGGCUGUGAGUGCAAAUUGUGCAAACAGUAUCACUCUCAAGUGUUUCUCACCGAGAAACUAGACGCGACUUAACAGUCUGUGUUCGAAUGUAUCCAACACUACUUUGACCCUUGAGCUAAGUAUAGAGUAGAAAUCCAUCUAGAAACAACUUUUCAAAAUGUCCUGCGAUGCGAAAGAAAUUUCGAAGAAACUCGGACAGAAGUCCGACUGGCGAGCAUGGCAACUUGCCAUACGUCAGGAAGCUAGCCGUCUCGGCCUGCUUCAAAACUACACGAAUGUAGUCGGCAUUCCGGCAGCUCCUCAUGGUAUUCCUAACGGAGUUACCAAUCGGGAGGAAACAAUUCGGCAGAAGUGGCGCAACCUGAAAGAUGCGAUUAUUCGUAGUCUGAAAGGUGCCGCUGCGUCGUUCAUCAACAACCAGAACGAUAAUGGGCAGGUGGAUGCGAUGGAUGCAGGUGAGGUUGUUGUGCUCCUUCGUGAUGUAGGACACUUCGAUCAAAACAACCGUCAGGAACAACGGAUGAAAGUAAAACCGCUUACGGAUGGCGUGUUGAAGUUCCACAACGCGGAUCAACCUGCAGAUGUCACAGGAUUCUUGUCGAAAGUCCGAGACAUCAUGAACCAGUCGCCCACCGUGUACCCGCCGGAAGCAGGAGUGCCAGAAAGUGACCAACAAAAUGGUGCACUGCUACAGAAGUUGCCCGAGCUGUUCUGCAAGAACUUCAAGGCAACGAUCGAACGCAUGCAGGAAGAAGAUGGUCUGACAUUUGACCAGAUUGGUGACCGACUUGAAAAGCGUCUUGCGACGUUGAUCGAGGAGGGAACCUACAAAGUUGAGAACGAUUCCUUCGGGAAGGCGUUCCCGGUCAAUGUUCAGGAGACCUCGAAUAAACGUUCUCGUGAAGAGGAGGAUGACGAGGAAAAGGCCAAUGAAGGUGGUAAGAUCUUUCUGUCUAAAAGUGCUCUCAAGCGCUUCAAGGCAAACACAAAGAAGAAGAUCGCCGCCGAGGUCUAUGCCUCCAAUUCGAACGGCAAAGGAAAGCCGCAGAACAAAAAUAAUAAAGGUUCUGGAAAACAAGACACCCGUCCAGUCUGUUGGAUCUGCAACAAACCGGGUCACAAAUCCGCGUCUUGUUGGAAGAAUCCACAGAACCAGGCAAACUGGAACUGGAACACCAAUUCCCAAUCUAGUAGUGCUAUGGGUAAAGGUGGAAAGGGUAAUGGCAUGGUUCACAUGUCCCAAGUUGCGGAGCUGUGGCAAGCUCUCAACGGCGGAAAGCAGAGCUGAGUUGCGGAACCGGUGGAAAGCGGAUUUUGCUCGCUGAACUUGGAUGAAGAUGAGGGUGAAGAAAUAAACGUAAAUAAUACAGGGGAGGUAAAACUUGUGGGACAUAGUCUUUCAACUAGUUCCAUUACUACAAGAGAAGAAGUUAGUCUAGUCGAUAGUUGUGCAAACAAAUAUCUUUCAAGACACAAAGACGAUUUUAGUGAAAUAACUAUGAGAACUUGUAGGAUUACUGGUAGCGCUGGAAGUAAAGACGGAAGAGUAGGAAAACUAAAGUCAAACAUCUUAGGGCUCCAGUAUGGUGUUUAUUAUGAUUCACUACCAAAGGACUUAGAUCGUAUUAUACCUUGGUUAGGUGAAGGGAACUGCUCGCAAUUAGGAUGGGAAUUCAACUUCAAAGGCGCAGGUGGUUGUCUCGUACAUACGGACACCGGCCAGGCCAUACCCAUAAGAAGUCAUCCACGCUUGCAGCUUCCCAUACUUGCAUGCAACUUAUUUAAAGAAGAGACUGAUAGUGGUUAUAUUUGUUCAACAGUAGAAGAAGGAGUCAGUAGUUGUUACCUUACAAGACUCGAACUUCAUAGAAGAUGUGGGCACUUUCAUAUAGAUGGCCUCCAGGUAAAUUGCCCUGAGUGUGAUCUACAUAAAGGCCAACGCGCACCACAUGCAAAAGCUAGAGAUACUUCGAACUACAAACCUGAACCAUUGAAGUUACUAGCAAUCGACUUUGCUGUUGGAAUCAAACCCGUAUCAGUCAGGUCAAAGAGAUGUGUAUUAGUGAUCAUCUGUGAUGUAAUUAAGAAGGUGUUCUGUCGACCGCUUAAGCUGAAAAGUGACUGUGUGGAGGAAAUAGAAGAAGUUAUCAAAGGCAUUCGCCAGGACUACUCCUUAUCACUUGAUGACAAGGUAGUGUGGUUCCUCCGGAGGGAUGGAGAACCUGUCCUGAGCAGUGAUGACAUGACCAAAGUUAUGCAAUCGCUGCGAGUCUCAGACAGUCCGGCUGUUCCUUAUAAUCCGGAGAUGAAUGGGACCUGCGAACGUUUUAUGCGGACUUUGUUCGGCAGUGUACGCACAAUGCUGACUAAAGUUGAUAAACGCCUCUGGUGUUACUGCGUCGAGUACGCUGGUGACUGCUGGGAUCGUUUACCGCAUAACUAUGCAAAAAUGCCUCAACAUGAUGGAAAGAGUCCAAUUGAAAUCUUAGAAGAAAGGACUGGUAGAAACUCAUCGAAGAGUUCAAUCGGCAUGCUCCGCCGAUUUGGUUGUCUAGUUUACUUUCGUGAACAAAUUCAAGCCAACACUCCUGAACCCAAGCUCUCGGCCAAGUACCGCCGUGGCGUCUUCCUUGGACUCUGUCCGAAGUCGUCUGGUUGGUUGGUUGGAACUUUCGCUCAUGACGAUCGUUGCAAGCUUGGACAUCGAUGGGCGGAAUACUCUACCCUAGAUGUAAAGUUCAGAGAGGACUAUCUAAUUAAAAAUAUCGAUUGGCUUUUGCCAGAUCAGAAGGGCAUCUACAUUGAGUAUGACGAACUGGAAAAUCUGCAGAGUGGCGCGUCGUCGCUGGGCUCCCCCUUGCUUGGACAGUCAGUGCAAAGGCUGGAUCAUCAAUCGGGGUUCUCUGGCACGGAGCACAUUCCAGGUGGACCGACCGCGAUUUCCGACGAAUUAUUUAUUGAGACACUGGAUAAAGUAGAGGAAUCCAACGCAGCUGACUCUCCAAAAGGUGUUUCACUUGAGGAGGGGAAUGCUGAAGCGAAGGAUCGCGAGACAUCUGCUCCGCUAAGUCCGUCUAAGUCGAAAGCGCCUUCUCCAGCACGUGUUGUGGCAGGCGAACGCCGUACACACGUCAAGAAGCGUGGCCGACCAAAAGGAGCGAAGGACAAAGCAGGCAGCAGGGUUCGAAGAACAAAGAAACAGUUAGAAGAACUGAGAAAGAAUGUGGCGCUGUUCGCUAGUGCAGUAGGUGGCACGUGUGAAUUAGACGAAGAUGAGGAAUUCGUCGAAUCAUAUGUGAUUUUGUCCGUUGCUCAAGCACUCAAGUCUCCUGAUGCCGACAAAUGGCGGGAGGUUAUUGACAAAGAGCAUGCGAGACUACUAGCCUUUGAAACGUGGAAAGAAGCUUCUGACGAGGAGCUUGCGACCGCGCGACAGGCUCUACCAAUUGCCAUAAUUCUAACUAUUAAAAGAUGUGGAAGAUACAAGGCUCGCGCUUGUGUCCUCGGUAAUCUAGAUCGUUCAGGAGAGCUAAACACCUUUGCUCCCGUAGUUUCACACGCCGCUAAUAGGCUGCUCCUGACAUCUGCUGCGUCAGAACAGGACUAUGUGAUCCCGUUCGAUUUAGAUUCUGCGUUCCUCAAUGCUGAACUCGAUCGCGAUGUCUUCUGCCGUCUCCCACCCAUCUGGGCAGAGAAGCAUGGACGCGAGAUCGUGAAGCUCAAGAAGGCCUUAUACGGCUUGAAGGACGCACCACGAGCAUGGUUCAAGAAAUAUCACGACAUACUAGCCAGUAUUGGCUGGGAGCCGUGUGAUUCUGCGCCAGGCUUAUGGAGAAAGCCGAGUGCGAAGGUACCUGGGAAGUUCCUCAAGAUGUCAGUCUAUGUUGAUGACAAUCUUGCAACGGGUCCUGAUCUUGAUGAGCUCAAGACCGAACUAGAACUCAUCUUCUCGCGUGCCCCUGGCCGUGCGAUUGAUGUGGAGUCCGUUCCAACCCCUUGGGGUCAAACGUGGCUCAGGUUCGACUUCUUAGGUGCCAUCGUGUACUACUGCCGUGAAGCUCGAACAUUUCGGCUCAAUAUGGAGGAGUACAUUGAUAAAAUCGCAAAGAAAUUCGAAAUUGAUGUCGGAAAACCGGUUUACUCGCCCAAUUUUGACGAGUCGGCUUUUCUUGAGGAGGGGAUCAAGAUAGUCGAAGGGUAUCCCUUUCGUGAGGUAGUUGGUGCCUUGCUAUGGGUAGCUGUAACCGCGCGCCCGGACAUUUCUGUACCGGUGGCAGCAUUGGCUAGACAUGUCAGCAAACCCGCGUCAACAAGAAUGGUUAAAGCAGCCAGAAAAGUGCUAAAGUAUCUGGUGACAACGAGAGACCAAGGACUGGAAUACUCACCAGAGCAAGAAGAAGAAUUCAAUAGAAUCUAUUCAAAGUUACUACCUGAAGGCAGAGAUAUGCCAGAGGUGAAUAUCUUUAGUGAUGCAGGUUUCGCCAACUGCGUAAAGACUAUGAGAAGUACAAGUGGAUCGAUCAUGUAUUUCAAAGGCGUUCCAAUUGCUUGGAGAAGUAACCGACAAACUGUCCGUGCCUAUUCUACGGCUGAAAGUGAAUAUAUUGCAGCUUCUGACACUAUUGUGCUUAGUGAACUGCAUGACUUUACAGACUUCUAUAGGCCUCUACCAACUCAGUUGGUACACACACAGAACGGCUUGUCUCCCUCUUUAGACAAUGCUGUGCUCUGGAUCGACAACCAAUCCGCGAUCACAACAGCCAAAGCAACUGACACACGCCCGAAGAGUCGCCAUUAUGCACUUCGCUACUUGCGUGUGCGUGAUGCGGCCAGUAAGAUAGUUUUCUGUCCAACUAACUUAAUGAAGGCUGAUGGCUUAACUAAGUUAGAAUGUAGUUCGUCUCAACGUAGACUACUACUUCACCAUAUAGAUAACCCGAUAACUAAAGUUGAGCAUGAUGAUUGUGAUUCCUCAGACGAUGAAACGAAUGGGGAUGAUUUAGCUUACUAUAGUGUAGUAUAUUCGGUUUAUUUUGGUUUCUAGCCGAGUAUACCGUAGCCAUAGAAGAGCAGCUAGGAGAUAUGACUUCCGUGGUAGUCCAGAGACUAGGGACUUCGACACGCAACGAUUGAGGAGAGGUGUUGGUCAAGGUCAUAAUCCUCGAAAUGUCACAAAGAUCACAAGGAUGAAGAUCAGCAAAAUGACCAAGAUCGCCAGGCAAAAGGUUACCGGAGCACCAUCCAAACGCCCGACGGGUUUACCGUCGCGCGGGUGUCUCUGGCUUCUCCUCUCUCUCUCGUUUGUGGCUCAAGCCUCCCAAUACAGUCAAGGACAAAACAGCACCGGAAUGAUCUCAAAGAUAACCUACAGACCUAAAUGCAUAUAGUUCCAAAAACAGUGAUCAUCAGGCAAAGGACCUUCAACGUAUUCAGAUAGAAGAAAUGAUGAAUGUUUCAUAGCUGUAAUCAGGUUCAUAACGUACUGUCAGUUCUGAUCAAUGAUGAGAAUCAACAUAGGAUGAUCGUAUGAAUCAAUGAUGAUAGCAUAAGCGUUUCCAUAUGAAAGUUUCCCCAUGCAACAUGAUAUCCCAAUGAUGAAGCUGAGACUUCCUCCUUGCAACCCCAAUGAAUAUCCACAGGGAUCAUUUCGCCUAGUGGUCAAGUGUCUCAGUUCAGUUUCUCCGGAUCUGAAUGACGCAGGGUUCGAAUCCGACUGAUGUCAGAAUUCGGCACACCCGUCACUGGGAGGGCUAAGGAACGGCAUCCAUGCCGCGAAGCCGCCGGGCAAGGCCUGUGUACGAGGUAAGACACGGCGACCCAGAGGAAGGGCCCGGCCCGUCCUGUGCUCGCCCCGGAGAAAUGACCAACCAGAGAUCAUUUGUCUCAGGCUGUGAGUGCAAAUUGUGCAAACAGUAUCACUCUCAAGUGUUUCUCACCGAGAAACUAGACGCGACUUAACAGUCUGUGUUCGAAUGUAUCCAACAAAUAGAGUAGAUUACUGAGUUUGUCUUUGUCGCCCGACGUUUUUUGAAUAGUGGAUGCAAUGAAAGUCUUCUAGUAUGGCGAGCGCCAAGGAAGUAUGAAACAUAAGUAAGUAUUUAGGCAGGAUCAGUGCAAAAAUCAUCUGUGUAACUAGUGCGCUAGUCUUGUUCUUGAUAUUAACAUGAUGCGUAUGUAGUUUUCACUUGACUCAGAGUAGUCUUUUUCAGUUUUGCUCAAUUUCCAUUUUGUGUCCAUCCAUCCUUAGUGUCAGCUCGAUGUACAGAGUUAGUUUAUCCAAUAGUCCAUAUCUAUGCAUUAAAAAUGUGAGUAUGCUUCCUCUGUAACUGCAUCAAUUAACCACAUGCUACCAACAUCAAGGCCGAUCUACCACGUGAUUUGUGAGAUCUUCGUUCCCUAGCAAUGGUGAAAAAAUAUAGACUCGAACAGGACGAUCAUGCGCGUGGAAGCAAUCGCAGCUAGGGAGGAAGCAUCGAAGCUGUAACUAGCCUAGAACAUUUGGAAAAUGAUGCAUUAGCAUUGUAACGGAAGGCUCAACAGCUCUGCUUGCUCAGGGGCAUAGAGAGCUUUGUGAGUACUAGAUUCAGUGUACUAGUUUGUUCG